AUGAUCGACGUUCUCGCAAACCAUUUCGAAUCGAUCGAACUGCUUAUCGCUAUCCUCCUGGCUCUCAGUGUUGAUGUUCUCUACUAUUAUGUGUUGCUCAGCUAUCUGUAUUUGACUGGUGAUAUCGCCGAAGAAGUCUGGUCUCAAGAAGAUGCUGGUGGCCGUCCGGAUAUCAGCGACGAAGCGCUAUAUUAUGUAUACAAAUAUUUCUACCUGCUAGCUACGCUGAUGCUCAUCAUUAGCUAUUUCGUCUCGCCGUUCUCCAUUUACUUCUCAGCCACCAACGAUAAAAUAACACUGCCGAUUCGAAAGAUGAGAAGGCUCAAACAAAAAGGGAAAACGACAUUGGCCGAGCGAAUGUUGAUGCUUCAAAUGAUCAUAAACGGCCACACGUCUUCGGUGAACGCGAUUGUUGUGAGCUCUUCGUUGACGGCCGCAUACCAAAGCGAAUGGGGGACCGCGAAAACGAGCGCCUCUUCACAUAGACAUGGUCACGACCACUCGUCCGAGCGUACCACCGGCUCGCGAAACUCGGUGACUGAGGAACGGGGACGCGAUCAAAUGAUAGGCUUUAUCGAGUCGCUCAACGAGGAGAUGACCGAAUCGAAAACGGUCACAGAUGUCAUCAAAUUUCGGGCCGAGGCGGUGAAAGACGAGAAUGGAUCGUACGUGUGGACACCACCGGCGUCCCAACGCCAUCGACGUUACCUUCACAAACAUCUUCACUGUCAAGAGGGGGCAAUCAGACCGGUAUCAAGGCUUUGUAAUCAGUACGAGGAAUGCCAUCACAACAAGUGGCGAAUCCGCUCAUCGAAGCCGGCUGGAGCCGCAAUUGACGAUGCGGAAGGAUGC